AUGUUUGACAUCCUCCCCUCACUCAUCCCCCUCCUCCCCUCUCUCUUCCCUCCCUCCCCUCUCUCAUCCCCUCCUCCCCUCUCUCAUCCCCUCCUCCCCUCUCUUUUCCGGUCCUCCCCUCUCUCUUACCAUCCGCCCCUCUCUCAUUCUGUUCUCCCCUCUCUCAUCCCGUCCUCCCGUCUCUCUUCCCCUCCUCCCCUCUCUCUUCCCCUCCUCCCCUCUCUCAUACUCUCCUCUCCUCGCUCAUCCCCUCCUCCCCUCUCAUCCCCUCCUCCCUCCUCUCCCUCUCCCUCUCUCUCUCAUCCCGUCCUCUCCCCUCCUCUCUUCCCGUCCUUCCCUCUCUCUUUCCAUCCUCCCCCUCUCUUCCCGUCCUCCCCUCUCUCAUCCCCUCCUCCCCUCUCUCAUCCCCUCCCCCCUCUCUCAUCCCGUCCUCCCCCUCUUUCAUCCCUCCUCCCCUCUCUCUUCCCGUCCUCCCCUCUCUCUUCCCGUCUGCCCCUCUCAUCCCUUCCUCCCCUCUCUCUUCCCGUCCUCCCCUCUCCCUUCCCAUCCUCCCCUCUCUCUGCCCCUCCUCCCCUCUCUCAUCCCCUCUUCCCCACUCUCAUCCCCUCCUCCCCUCUCUCUUCCCGUCCUCCCCUCUCUCAUCCCGUCCUCCCCUCUUUCUUCCCGUCCUCCCCUCUCUCAUCCCAUCCUCCCCUCUCUCUUCCCUGUGUCAAAACAACAGGCUAG